AUGCCAACGAAUUACGAGUACUGGCACUACGUAUGGGAGUACGGCCAUACCUUUGCAGGGCUCAUAGUACUACCGCUUACAGACCUCUGGGUCCGGAAGUUGUUGGCCCACCUGAAGAUGGUCCCAGAGGACUCAGCGGAGCAAGUGCUUCAGAAGCGCUUGGAGCGUGAAAGCAGGCAGUCUCUGAUUGCGAGGCUAACAGAUUUCCAAACUACCUCAAUAAGUGUUGACGCAGCCCUUGCAACCUACAUCUCAACCACGCAAGCGCUUGGCAUGCGCUUGAGCCACCUCGAACCCACCGAGCACCGUAUAGGCGAAGCCCUCAGAUCCUUCACUUCAAACACGGAAGCGCUUGGCAUGCGCUUGAGCCACUUCGACAAUUCCAUCGAGCAACACAUGAGCCAGUUCGACGAUAAUAUCAAUCGCCGCGUCGAAGAAUUUGAAUUACGCACCCAGCAAGCGCUUAAUGAACGCCUGAGCCGCAUCGACCAGUUGGAGAUAUCCAUACAGCAAGCGUUUAUUGGCCGCUUAAGAUAA